UAUCCCACUUGGUUUCUUUUACUGUCGACUUUCACUUUCUUUUCUCUACUAGAGGGUUGCUGGCUGCUGCAUCGCAUUUGAUAAAAAAAAAAUCAUGUCUUCUAGCCUGUCGAAUUUGGAAUUAUUUCAUGAUCCCUCUUAUCCAACCUUAUCAGGGAGAUUCCGCUCAAUGAGGCCUAAGGUUCUUGUUCACAGGCUAAAUAGGAGUUGGAAGUUGUCGAAGAAAGUAAAAGAAAUAACCAGGGCCGAGAAGUUGAAGAGAGAAAUGCAAGUCAAGAACAUGAAGCUGUACGUGAUGAACAAAAUCAUUGUUGAAGAAAAUGAAAGACUUCGGAGGAAAGCUAUGACUCUUCUUCAAGAGAACAAGAUUUUGCUGGCUCAGUUUCAGAAGCUUCCUCAUCCAGAUAGUAACACCAUCAAAUACUAGAUACGUUAUAGCAAUAGCCAAUUAGUAUAUGCUAUCUUCUUACAGUUAACAUGUUAUCUGAAGAAGACGGACUUAUAUAGACUUUAUUCUUUAGUCCUAUUGAUACAAGA